AUGGCAUCAAACGGGUCAGCGUUCUGGUUUCUUAAAAUUUCGAAUGAUUCCAAGUGGUCCGAGCACGUUGUUACUGUGCGGGAUAACAACUACGAGCGUGCUCUUGGGCUGCUCGUUUACCUAUUUCGCCGGGCAGCCUUUAGAUCCCCAACCCACUCGAAGGAAAGCUCUGCCCAGUCCCAUGACCGGGAGGAGUCCGACGGACCCGUUGGCGCUCUGGGCGCUAUAAAUGAGGAUGUUGAGAUGAAAAACUGA